AUGGAUUCAGCCGCCGAAUUGCUGCACAUUCCGUGUCGAUCAUCCGGACAGCAUAACAUGAGCGCAUCGGAGUUGUGCGAUAACGAUGACAUGGCAACAAGUUUGGUCGUCGAUUCGGUGCUCGGAUUUCGCACCCACAAAAUGAGCCUGAACUACCGAUCACCAAAACGACACGAACAGACUGAGCUGAAAGAAAUUCUGGAGAAAUACAUUGGCGAUCAGGACAUGCGUUCAACGAUUCAGAAAAUCUUUCGUGUCAAACGAGUGAGCAGAUUCCUGAAGCAGCGAACUCUGCCGAAACAGAUUGCAUUCCGAGACCACCUCCUCAGGUUUUUGCAAAUGUUUACGAGCAGUUCUGGCUUCACAGUGCAACCGUGUUUUCGUUACAGGGCAGAAAAUCGUCGCGGUGGAAUGUUGGUUGCCACAAAGCCAUGGCAAAAAGGCGACGUAAUCGACAGCUUAGUGGGCGUUCUCGGUGAUCUCAGAAAUGACAAAGAAUUGCAACUGCUUCGAAAAGAUGUGAAUGAUUUCUCAGUAAUGUACAGCACAAGGUGCGUUCAGUCCCGCUGGUUUCCUUUUUCCGCAAGUUAA